CAUGUGCGAGCAAGGCUGCCUACAAACCUGACUCAGUUCUACUAAGCUGAAAUGGUAAAAAAAAAAAAAAGAAUUCUGAUUUUGUCUGACAGUGAGAAAACAAAGGCUAUGUGUCUUUUUAUACAAUGUAUGUAAACUUCUGGUUUCAACUGUAUUUCCAUAAAGUGAUUCCAGAUUCAGUGUGCGCAGGUGUGAGAGAAGCGGAUGAGAAUUCAGUUUCAUGUCAAAUACAGAGAAGAUCAGCUGAACCACUGAUGUGUCCAAAUGUUCUGCUAUCAAACUCAUGAACGAAAUAUAAAAUGCUUGCUUUCAUGUUAAUAUGUUUUGUCAUUUAUGUAUCAUUACAGACUUUAUAACUGUGGACUCUCAGAGAGUCACUGUGAAGUCGUGGCCUCAGCUCUGAAGUCCAACCCCUCCCAUCUGAUAGAACUGGACAUGAGCUGCAACCAGAACCUGCAGGAUUCAGGAGUGAAGCAUCUUUCUGAUGGACUGCAGAGUCCAAACUGUAAACUGGAAGCUCUCGAAUUGGAGGGCUGCAGGUUGUCAGAGAUCAGCUGUGAUUCUCUGGUCUCAGCUCUGAAGUCCAACCCCUCCCAUCUGGAACAUCUGGACCUGAGUAGAAACAAGCUGCAGGAUUCAGGAGUGAAACAUCUGAGUGGUUUUCUGGAGAAUCCAGGCUGCAUCCUGAAGACUCUGAGAUUGGAGGACUGCAGGUUGUCAGAGAUCAGCUGUGAUUCUCUGGUCUCAGCUCUGAAGUCCAACCCCUCCCAUCUGGAACAUCUGGACCUGAGCUACAACGACCUGCAGGAUUCAGGAGUGAAACAUCUGAGUGGUUUUCUGGAGAAUCCAGACUGCAUCCUGAAGACUCUGAGAUUGUGGCACUGCAGUUUGUCAGAGAUCAGCUGUGAUUCUCUGGUCUCAGCUCUGAAGUCCAACCCCUCCCAUCUGGAACAUCUGGAAAUGAGCUACAACAACCUGCAGGAUUCAGGAGUGAAACAUCUGAGUGGUUUUCUGGAGAAUCCAGACUGCAUCCUGAAGUAUCUGAGAUUGAGGCGCUGCAGGUUGUCAGAGAUCAGCUGUGAUUCUCUGGUCUCAGCUCUGAAGUCCAACCCCUCCCAUCUGGAACAUCUGGACCUGAGUGGAAAUAACCUGCAGGAUUCAGGAGUGAAACAUCUGUUAGAUCUUGUGGAGAAUCCAGACUACAGCCUGAUGACUCUGAGAUGGAAGUGGUGGUGAUCAGGACGGUGUUUGUGCUGAGAGGAUGAAGUGUGUCCUGAUGAUCCAGAGGUUGAAGCAGCAGCAGCAGCUGGUGUGUAGAGACUCUGACUGGACCAUGUUACUGGGAGGUGGACUGGGAACCAGUGUAAAGUGUGUUGUUAUCACUGUGUAGUUUAGUGUUGCAGCUCCACACUGUGAAUGAUGGAGAACUGCAGUUAAUGUUGACAUGAAACGUUGGAGGUUGAUGUCAGGUUGCAGAGUGUGCAGUAAGUUUCAGGAUGUUUCUGUCACUGCAGGAUCAUAUUUCAUUUUUUUUUGUCUGCAUUUAUUCUCAUUGUUUAACUCCACAAAAGAGGUGUCAACAUUGUAUGAGACUGAUGCAUAUUUUAGUCUUGCAGCCAAAUAUUUUAAUAUUUAGUACAUGUGUGUGACCAUCACCAGCCCUCCCUGAAAGCUAAGCAGAUAUUCUUUAUUAGAAUUCCCUAUGAUGAGCCAGGGAGGGCAGUGCUACACCUCAGUGAUGUGUGGGGGAAACAAAGACUGGACAGGACGAACAGGACGAACAGGACGAACAGGGAUAGAAAUUAACAGGUGGUGCUAUUGCAAUUAAAGAUUGUAAGGUGGUGUGUUAUUCCCAACAACUAACUGCCCAUCAAUAAAACAAAAAGAAAGAAAAAAAAAUUAGCUAAAAAAAGAAAACCAACACAAAAGAAAAAGAGAUUCACUAAAUAAAUAAAUAAGUAGUACUGAGCACCAUAAUUGUGGAUGUCUUGACAGUAUAGAAUAGAAUGGAAUAGAACAGGCCAGAAGAGGAUACUAGUGAAGGAGAGAAUGAGUUUAGGGUGGAGACUCUGGAGAGAUUCUCAUCACAUUCUGGUGGGUCCCUUCAUUCGCUGAAAUGGGACUCGGCAGUAGCUGGCGAGACCUGGUCAAACAUGCAAGUGUGAAGAACCCCGAAGCCCAGAACAGCAAUCACGGCAAGGCAGGGCCAAGCCAACAGGGCAACCCUCCCCCCGGGCCGUAGGAGCCACAGGGCGGCGCUCCCAGAGAGCCACCGGGGCCACCGUGAACGACGCGGACCCGAAGAACAAGAGGGAGCAGCUACUGACACCCCCUGCGCGCCCAGACCGACCCAGGUGGCCCGGGGCACGAGGACCCACCCACCACCCAAACCCCAACCCCGCCCACCCCAGCGCCCACCAGACCACCCACCCCACAACCCGACCCGCCCACCCCCACUCCCUCUCCCUCCCCCGAGGGGGCCAACGGCCCCACGCAGCCAGGAAGCCAGACACAGGGGCCGAGCGGCCCGCCGAAGGGAUGGCAACCAGCCCAUCACAAGGCAGGCCGCCACCGGGAGCCAGUCAGAGGAAAUCGGAGCCGGGACCCGAUGCGAGUCCAGAGGGCAAAAAUGGACAGUGUGGUGGGGCCCGGCGAUGCCGACAGGGAAGCACCCCACAUACCCCCCGCACCAGGCCCCAGGUGAGCGCAGUACACCCAGGGCCCCCACUCCCCGCAAUGCGCCCUGACAACCCACCAGGACAGAGCCACCACAUGCCACCAGCCCGCAGUACAGCCACAGCGCCCACCAGGAUGGCCAAUCCAGCCCCCGCAGCCCACCAAGAGCCACCGCACCAGCCUGGACCCGUCGGGCACGCAGGAGAACCCCCCCCGACCACAGCCCCCAGGUCCCGGGGACCCCCCAGCCACAGCAACACGGAUGAUGGUCCACCCCUGCCACCCCAUAGCCAUAAGGGGGCCGGGUCCCACCAGUGAGGCCAUAUUGGUGAAAUCCCCCCCAUUACUCCCUAUUAAUAUGUCUCCCGAUCCCAGACUGGAGACAUUAUCCCUGCACCGUGAUAGUGUAACCCUGAGUGUCAUGUGGUGCAUUAAAAGUGGGGAGGCUGGGCGAGGCAUCCAGGGGGCGGGCCAGAGGACCACAGAGGAUGGCUACUCUGCAGCCUACCCUGACCCAAGUUCCCCGAGCCGUCCCAGACCUACCCCCAAGGUGUGAGUGUGUGUGGUGCAUUAAAAAGAAAUUAGAGAGCAGGGGAGGCAAGCAAGAGGGUGAUGGGGAAGAGACAAGGCCGUAGAGCCCUGCCAUCCGCCCCACCACAGAGCCCAUCGUUCCCGCCCCCACCUGCUCUCAGGGGCCCUAACUGUUGUGUCCCUAUAUGUGCCUAAGAGUAACUAUAUACAGUGAUGUGUGAAGUAUGUGAAGUGCACAGUAAGAGGCAGUCUGGUGUGGAUCCGGCCCAUGAGGAAAGAGCAGCGGGGGAGACAGGUAGUAAGACCACUGGUACUGAUGCAGAGGGACCCCCAGAGCCCAGAGGCAAGAGGCCAAGGUGGGUCCACACGAACCCAACCGGCCCAGCCAGCACCAAAACCCCAGAAGUCACAGCGCUGGAGCAGCGCCCUGGUAGGCGCCACAGCCCCACCACGGGCCAGCCGCAUGCAGCACCCUGCCCCGGAGGGAGGACCAGGCCGCACCACCAGGAAGCAAGGGCCAUGAGCCCCCACGCCCGCCCCGGAGCCGGCACGUCCAGGAUGCAGGGCGCCCACCCCGCAGCAUCACCGAGACCCCACCCACCCCACCAUUCCCCAGGACCGCAGGAUCAUAUUUCAGAUGCUGCUGCUCACGUGCUCCAGUUUAGCAGCUUCAAAGCCACCAACAGGACUGUUGAUGCUGUUCUUCUGGUCCUUCUGCCUCCAGAUGUUCUGCCCAAACAGUCCACUUUAGUCUCAUCAGUCCAUCAGACUCCCAGAACUCUGCUUUGUUCCACACAUGAAGAUCUUGUUGUUCAGUUUUGUCAGACUUUAGUUGUUUCCAUCAUCAGGUCCUGCAGCUCUUUACCGAUAAAACAGGUUUUCUACCAGCUGCUGCUGUCAAACAUCUGCUUCCUCUUGGACAGAUUUUGUCCAGUUUGAUUUAUUGACUCAGUUCUUCCACUGAGAUUCCUCCUGGUCCAUUCUUCAAAUGAGCCAGAAAAUCUUCAAGUCUUCAUCAACAUUCAGUCUCCUGGUGAACUCCAAGUAUUUUCUAUCCUCAGACUUAGUAAAGAACAAAACACCAAAGUCAGACUGGAAGUCAGUCAGAGUCAGAUGAAGUCUGAGAUUUACUGUCAUUUCAGCUCCAUGCAGCAAACAGAGGCUGGUUCAUGAACACAGAGUCUGAUUCUGAGCUGAAAAUCCACAUUUUUACCCUCUGACUGAUAUCUGCCCACUUGGAGCCUCAGUUCCAGGUUUUCAGUCCUUCAUCUGUUUCUGGGGAUGUUCCACUGUUAUCUUUUAGUUUAUCAUGACCUCAUCUUUGGUAAUGAUUCAGUCUAAACUUUUUACAAUCAUAAUUAUGAAACAUAAUCCUGAGUCAUCUUGUAAAUAAAAAUAAAGGCCUUUGUGCUUUUAAAUGAA